AUGCCCUCCUACCCACCUCGAGGACAAGGUACCGAAGAUGAGAUGGCCGGUGGUGGACACUCGAUGAUGGAUGGUCCGCAGCCGACCUCAGCGGACCGGUACGCCGCGGUGCCGACGAACCACGACUCGAACCUCGCCUACGCGGCGUACUCGACCCCUUACGACUCGACUAUGACGGAGGAAAUGGACCCCGCGCUCGGCUCACCGUCGCUCGUCCACGACGAAGUGCCCACUAGGCCUCCUACGCGCAGCCACAGCGUCGCGUCGUAUAGUGAUCACCACGGCGGCUCGUACGUGCGCUACGACGGCGCCGCGGCGUCGACGUAUUCUCUCGGCGUCGACGGUCAGUCGCAGCUGGGCCUGAAUCCGCGCUCGGGAAGCGGACUCGGGGUAUACGACAAGUACGAAGAUCACGAGAUGAGCGACAAGACGAGUGCAGGGCAGCGAGGGACUGCGAACGUCGCCCGCGGUCGCACGCUCGUCAAGAAGGGCACGACUGGAUUUUGGGCCACUCUGUCAAGUCGCGGGCGCAAGUUCUUGCUCCUCGCCGUGCUCGUCGUCUUGCUCCUCAUCGCCGUCGCGGUCGCGAUCCCGACGGCCAUCGUGACGCGCAACAAUGAACGCAAGGCCAACAACGCCUUGGCCGCCGACGGCUCGUCGUCAGCAGCACCGACGGCGCCAGGUUCGGCCGCGCCUUCAUCGGCCGCUGUACCUCUCACGACCUCGGCGACGCCGACGACGACGGCAUUCCAGGGAAUCCCAACGGGUGCGAACGGGUCCGCGGACUGGCGUACAGCACCGUUCAGAGGUGAUGGGUCGAUCGUCUACACUGAGAGCGGGUCGUCGUUCGUGUACAACAACAGCUUUGGCGGCUUUUGGGUGUCGAUCCCGUUCAACGACUCGGCGCGCGCGCAGGACGAUGUCCCGCCGCUGAACGAGCCGUGGGACUAUUCGACGACGCUCAUCAACGGCGUCAAUCUCGGCGGUUGGCUCGUGACCGAACCUUUCAUCGUUCCUGCGCUGUACGAACCAUUCAAUUCCGCGAGCGACUCGCGCACGGCGACGAACCGCGCGAUCGACGAGUGGACCUUGUCCGAGGCGCUUGGCACGAGCCUGACUUCGGUCAUGACGAACCACUACGAGACUUUCAUCACCGAACAGGACUUUGCCGAGAUCGCGAGUGCGGGCCUGAACUGGGUGCGCAUCCCGAUCGCGUGGUGGCUCGUCGAGGCGUGGGAGGGCGAACCGUUCCUCGCAAAUGUCGGGUGGACGUACUUUCUCAAGGCUAUCGGCUGGGCGCGCAAGUACGGUCUGCGCCUCAACCUCGAUCUCCACGCCGUCCCCGGCUCGCAGAACGGCUACAACCACUCGGGCCGCCAGGGGACCGUGAAUUUCUUGAACGGCGUGAUGGGGAUUGCGAAUGCGCAGCGCACGCUCGAUUGCAUCCGCACCCUGACCGAGUUCAUCAGCCAGCCCCAGUACAGCAACGUCGUACCGAUGUUUAGUGUGCUCAACGAGCCACUUGGCCUGUUGGCGAUCGACGUCGAGUCGCUGCGUCACUUGUAUGUUGCCGUCGGACUCUUGCGCCGGCACGUGGUGGCGCACUCGAGCUAACUUUUCCCUGCUUCCAUUAUCUUCGACUCGCACAGUUAUUGGGAAACGUAUUCAAUGAUGCGCCAAAUCACGGGCUAUGGCACGGGCUAUGGCACGGGCUAUGGCACGGGCAAAGGUCCCUUCAUUUCGUUCCACGACGGCUUCAUGAACCUCAAUUCGACCCGCGACGGUGGGUGGAUGGGGUGGAUGCCCGGAUCGGACCGCGUCUCGCUCGACACGCACCCGUACCUGUGCUUCUCGGAACCCAACAACGACGGCAUGACGUACCAAGCCGCGAAGCCGUGCAUGUACUGGGCCGACAAGAUGAACGUGACGACGCAGCAGUUUGGGCUUGCGAUCGCGGGUGAGUGGAGUCUCGCGAUCAACGACUGCGGCAAGUGGCUCAACAACGUCGGCAACGGCAACCGGUACAACGGCACGUACUAUCUCCCCAGCACGGGAGCGACGACGCCCCGCUUCGCCGGCGUCGGGAGCUGCGAUGUGUGGAACGUGAGUCGUCUCUUUCCUCUUCGGUGGGGAGAGGUAAACUUGACUGCGCACGGAUGGCAGACUAACAUCCCGGCUCCCGCUUUGCUACCACCGGCAGGACUACACGAGGUGGAAUCAAACGAUCAAGGACGGGUUCCGACUCGUCGCAACGGGCCAUAUGGACGCUUUCCGCCAUUGGUUCUUCUGGACGUGGAAGACGGGCUACUCCAACACGCUCGGCCGGAUCGCCAACCCGAUGUGGAACUACCAACUCGGAUUCGAGAACGGGUGGAUUCCGCCCAACCCGCGCGAGGUCGUUGGCGCUUGCCAGUCGCUCGUCCGCAACAACGGCUUCACCGUCGCGUUGGGUUCGAACCCGGCGCCGACGCUCGCCCCGUGGAUGACGGGCGGGAGUGGAGCCGGGACGCAGCAAAACGCGGCGAUGAGUCGCAGUUACACGCGGUGGCCGCCGGUCUCGCUCGGUACAUUGAACGCAGCCAACUUGCCGCAGUACACCCCGACGGCACCGGUCGUGACCAUGCCCGUCGCGACGCCGACGAGCUACCCGAAUGGAUACUCGGCCGUCACGAACCCCGGCAACGGGUGGCACAACACAGGCGAUGCCAAGGGCUUCAUGACUGAAAUUGCCGGGUGCACCUAUCCCGAUCCGUGGCAGGGUGUAUCAGCGACAGUACCUUCGAGACCCUGCACGGGCGGUGCACGAAUGGUCAAGAAGAAUGUCGUCGUCGAGCGCGGGCCGGCCCCGACGCCUCCUCCUCGACCGGUCGGCUAG